AUGACUGGGGGAGAAGGUGACCAGAACGAUGGCCAACAAGGCUCAUCUCGACAGACAGACCGAAACGGCCAAACAGGUCAACAAGGUCAUGUCACAAAUACAGGAGUGGUGAAUCAUCCUACAGUGAUAGAUCAAGCCACGGAGAUCCCAAAGGACGGCCAAAGCAUCACUUUGACGCCGAUCCAAGUCCUACAAGGAGCAGAUGAUUACAAUCGAUGGUAUCAAGCCGUACGACGCGAGCUCUUAGGAAACGAUCUACUCGACCUUAUCGACAAGAGCAUCCCACGACCUCAUGUUGGGUCAGCUCACUACAAAAUCUGGAAGAAGCUGUCACUCAAAGUGGCAGGUUGGCUUUCUGCAACGCUCAGUCGAGACGUUGGCACAAAAGUCCAAACCAUAACUGUCAAUGUUGAUUACGCAGAUGACCUAUUGGCAGCAAUUCGAACUAUUUGCAAGGGAGAAGCCGAUUCACAAGCCGGUUGGCGAGCUUGGACAGACUUCAGAAAAUGCGACAGACAUCAAUAUGCAACUUGUGAGGCAUAUAUCCAUGCCCUCCGCGCAAAGCACAGCGACGCCGAACGCGACGGUUUCGGUGUUCAGCCAUGUCAACUCAUCAUCACUCUCCUUCACUCCAUUGAGACGGAUCUCCCUACAUGGGUCACACUCAAGAUGGAGCAAUACAAGGACGUGAAGAGCAAAAAUAUGGACGAUUUUCAUCAGUUGUGUUCCGAGGCGUUAGAAAAAUGCCAAGGUCUCAAAUUCAGUAUGGGCAACGCUGCAAACAACUUCAAUCCUUCCACACCAGCAACUCCAAAGUCAACUGAUGGGAGAGAGGAUAAGAAGAGGAAGGAGCGAGACCCAGAUACCCCCAACGAGAAAAAGCGGAAUGCCCCAAAGCCAGGAGUGUCGGUGGAGGAGUGGCUCAAGAAGCUACGCAAAUGGAGAAGCAGAGACGACAACUGCGGAUACUGUGGUAUAAAGGGCCAUGGUUGCUCAAAGUGCUAUUAUCUUGCAGAUUCACCUCCACCAAAUUGGUAUCCAAAAUUGGAUUUAUGGUGUUACAGAGACAGAGCGGCACCAAAACAACAAGAGACUAAAAAUGACGGAGACACUGCGACAAAAACAUCUACAACUAUGAAUGUCUCGUCUUUUGCACUUUCAUCCGAUUUCUUUAUGCCAAAUAUCGGUGGCGCAGCUAUUGACACCGAAGCGUUCGCAGAGCACGUUGAACAACCAAUCGACAAAGAGAAUAUGCCCAAAUCAAAAGCCUUAGCAAUGGCACUCUCAGCGACCACACCAGAAAGCCUUAUUGGAAAGUUCGUUGCCGACUCUGGCGCUGGACACAGCAUGGCUGGAGAUUUCGCAAGCUGGGUGGAAAUCUACAAAUACAAAGACGACGAUGAAGCCUAUACGUACGAAUGCAGCAACGGCAUGGAGGCAAAGGCCACGGGAUAUGGCACAACACUCAUACGAUUCGACAACGGCGAGGACAGACCAGCUGAGCUUUUGACUCGCACAUACUAUGUACCUGGAUUGAAAUACAACCUUUGGGCAUGCGAGCGAGCAAAGGAUGAGAGCAAAGUAUGGUAUUGCAGCAAAGACUGCACCGUACGAAGAAUGGAUGAUGAUUCAGUUAUUGGCCAUACUACAGUUGUAGGAGGCGUCCCAAUUCUCAGAACCAUGACAACCGGGAAAGAGCUUCAAUUUGGAGCGCUUAAUCUAUCUGCAAUCUCAGCAGAGUUGCAACAUCGACGACUUGGCCAUGCCAGCGACGUGAUUCGUAAGGGCACAGCUCAGGCUUAUGAUCUUGAAGCGAUCAAAGAAAAGAUUAAGCACUGUGAAUCCUGCAGACUCGGGAAAUCGAAACGCAUUGUGUCCCACGAUCCGCUGCCGAAAGCAUUGAAAGCCGGACAGAUUGUCUACGUCGACGUUCAGCACAUAAAGCCGACAGGGUUUAACGGGUACAACUACUUCACAGCGUUCCUCGACGACAAAACGCUGCAUGACUACUGCACGGAGUUCAAAAAUCAGACGGGGAAUUGGCCAGUGAUCAUCACAAAAGAUCAAGGGCGAGAAUUCUUCAGAUUCAUCAAAUGGUCUAAAGAAAAUCAAACUGGCAUCCAAUUCAGGGAAUCUCCAGCACGAACCCCCGAACCAAAUGGACCAAUCGAAUGGCUUCAGUUUUACCUUGCUCAAAUCGCAAGGGUAAUGAUGAUUGAUGCAGGGCUACCCGAAUAUUUGUGGCCAUUUGCAGUGGAGACAGCGUGUUAUACAGUGGCACGCCUUGUCAAGCCAGGACAGGAGAAGGCGCCUAUACAACAAUGGCGUGAGGAAUUGGGAUUUCCAAAUCCUAUUCCCCAUCUUGAACAUUUGCGCGUAUGGGGUUGCAAAGCCUACAUGCACAUACCAGAGGAAGAUCGUGUAAAGGCACGCAAGAUGCUACCGAAAACUGAGAUCGGACGUCUCAUGGGCUACAUGGGCGAUCACGGUCACAUUUACAAGAUUUGGUUUCCAGCAACGGGAGACGUCAAAUUUUCACGAGACGUCACUUUUUGGGAAGGUCCAGAAGACGGCAUGAUUGAUGAGAUCGAGGACCCGACACCAACUACGACAAAGGUUGAGAUGUCAAAACCGCUCACAAUCAUCUUCCAUAAAGAUCCUGUCGAGAAGAAUCAGAAACGUAUCACAAUCGCUGAUGAGAAUCUCACAAUUGAAGAUAUCUUGAACAGCAAUUAUUACGACUUCGAACAGAACGCGUACGUGACAGGCAGAGCAGAAACUCUGAGCACAACCCCGGAGCGAACUCAUGAGCAAGAUCGCGCGGAUGAGAGUGAUCAAGAAGAAUUUUUUGAUGCAGAAGCGGAGGGGUCAGUCGAUGCUACAACGGAAGAGGCUCUUGAGAUAAUUCGGAAGAAAAUCUCACAACAAAAAGCUCUCAUCAAGGAGCAAGCUCAAAUCAUGAACAACGAACAAGCCUUGGUUGAUGGCAUCACGAGUCUGGAAACCGUAUAUGAGUCGGUCGAGCACAACGAUACCAACGAUUCGAUGCACGAAGAAGCCCCCGCACGUAUGGAUGAUGACACGCCCGUACAAGAGAUGACUCAUAAAAACAUUACAACACGAGUUUCUUCACGAAAGAACAAAGGGAUGAGAUUGAUGUUGACUCUCAUGGAGGAACAGGAGAGAGAGCAAGAACAGCGACGUGCAAAGAAAGAACAAAAAGCUAGUUCGACACACUCCACAUCAGAAACCAUGGUUCGACUCAAUAUCAACACAAAUUUGCAAGCCUCGGCAAUUCCUGACAUUAUUCCCAAACUCAAAAAGUGGGAGGUGGAGAUUCCUGGCAACGAUCGCCAGAUGCUUAAAUCACCACUCCGAGACCUGUGGAAAAAGGCAAUGCAGGACCAAGUUGAAAAGCUACGUGCGAACGAGACAUGGAAGCUAGUACCGAAGCCCAAGAAUAGUGCAAAGAUUUUACCUGGAAAGUGGGUUUACGACGUCAAAGCGGACGAUGAGUCAAAUGUUACCGAAUUCCGAGCAAGAUGGGUUGUUUGUGGCAACUUUGAGGUAAAGGAUAACGAGAAUAAUUACUCACCAGUGGUCAGCGACGUUGGAGUGAAGAUUUUCCUCACUUAUUGCAUUAAGAACGGCCUCAAAAUCUUCCAAGCAGACAUCAUUACUGCGUAUUUACACGCGAUGCUGCAGCGACGCCAGGUCCUUGUGGAACAACUAAAAGGUGUUGAUAUUAUUGACGGAAUGGUUUGCUCUUUACUAAAAGCACUGUAUGGCCUACGUGGAUCGGCAGUCCUGUGGUAUGACACCAUAAGUUCAAAAUUAAAAGAAUUGGGUUACAAACCGAUCAACGAGGAACCAUGCAUCUUCAUACGGGAAAGCGACGGCAUGGCCAUUGCACUCUACGUCGAUGAUAAUCUCAUUGCAGGCAAGUGCGAGGCACAAAUCGAUGGGAUUCUUGACACUUUCGACAAGGCAUGGGGAGUUAAGCGAAUUGGUGAACCAAAGCGUUUUCUUGGCAUCAACGUUCACCGCGAGAAGGAUACGAUCAAAUUGGAACAAUCGGACUACGUUGAUGGCAUUCUCAACCGUUUCAGCAUGGCGGAUUCCCAUCCCCGCUCCCUACCCUUGGAACCCAAAUUUACCCUGGAAUCAAAUGACCCAAAAGCCACUGAUGACGAGAAAGAAAAGUUUGUGAAGAUCACAGGAUCGGCUAACUGGUUGACAUCAAAAACUAGACCCGAUAUCACGUUUACUGUACGCCGUUUACAGCAUAAGCAACACGAUCCCACAAAGUACGACUAUGUCGCCGGAAAGGGAGUGCUACGCUAUUUGAAAGGCACCAAAAAGUAUGGUAUCACGUUGAACAAAUACCCCAGCAAAGGACUCGAGGUGUACGUCGAUUCCUCACACGCCGAUCACCCCAAUGGCAAAUCCACCGAGGGAUUUAUCAUUUUCUACGCCGGAUCACCGAUCUCGUGGAACUCUUCAAAGCAAACCCUCGUCGCCCCGUCAUCGACCGUAUCCGAAUACUUGGGAGUAGGAAGCGGGAUAAGGCAAGGAUUAUGGAUACAAAAUAUGCUGAUAAGCCUAGGAUUGGUGAAGAAAGGAGAACCCCUAGUUGUUUACACCGACAGCAAUAACGCGAUGACGGCGUCGCACAAACCCGGUACUGCUCAAGCAGUGAGAUGGCUACGCAUCCAUUACCACUUCAUGAAGGAUUUGAUCGACAAAGGGGAGGUUAUUCUCAAGAGAAUCGACACAAAGGAAAACCCCGCAGACGGACUUACAAAGGCGCUCACGACGGAGCUAUUCGACAAAUUCCGGAAUCAAAUUGGAGUGGAGGCAUGUUGA